AUACUUACAUGUAUUUUUUAUCAUUCACUCAUAGGUAUUGGUAUCAACCGAUAGUCAAUAGUCAUAUCUUAUCUCAUUUGGUCAGUUCUGAGUUAAAGUUAGAGGUAAAAAUGUUGGGUUCUGUAAGAUCGAGAAUUUUUGGUCAAAAUGUGAUGAAAAACUUUAUUAGAAACGGCUCCCACGGCGGUGUCCCGGGAGAGAACCUUCCCUUCAACAUCCACAACCGCGCUCGUCUCACCAUGAACUUCCUGUUGUUCGCGCUGACCGGCAUCUCGGCGCCCUUCCUCAUAGUCAUGUACCAGAUGAAGAAGAAGUAAAUUAUGAAUCGAGUACAACUAAUAGUUCGAAUAGAUUAAUCCACAACUAAUAUGUAAAAUUUCUCUCAAUAAAUAUAAAUUGAAAUGUA